CAACAUUCUAUCACCACUAUGUCGACCCCACUCACAGUCCUAGUAACCGGCUUCGGGCCAUUUUUGGACAUCACCACGAAUCCAUCAUGGGAAAUUGCGCACCGUUUACCGUCUUCGCUAACAGGCCUGAAUGGCGAAACAAUCACCAUCAUUAUUCCCCCAGAGCCCACCCCAGCAGCAUAUCACAAGAUUCUUGCCCAGGUCCCAAAGUUGAUCGAGAAACACAGUCCUGACAUGGUGGUGCACAUGGGCCUUGACGUCGACAGCGGGCCUGGCGUCUUCAAGGUUGAAAGAAGCGCACCGAAGGAGGGAUACCAUGAAUUUCCGGACGUUGAGCGCAGAGUCUUCACGCGAGCCGAGAACAAAAAGACCUUUGGAAAAGCGCCCGCAACCCUUGCAACUACUCUAGACCUCGUUACUGCCGUUGAUGCGUGGCGGGAUUCGUGCUCCUCUCUCAGCUUGGCGAAGCUACAAGCAUCUGGGACGAUUUUGAAGGCCAAGGCCAAGGGUAAAGAGAAGCAGAUGGUGGAGGUCCAGCUUACUGACGACGUGGGGACGUAUGUUUGUGGUUUCGAUUACUAUAUCAGUUUGCUUGAGAUGCAGAAGAAGACUGGAAAGAGAGAGGCUGUGUUCUUUCAUGUUCCGAAGUUGGAAAGUCAUGACGAGCUGCGAGUUGGUACGAGGGUUACGGAGGAGCUUAUCAAGGCGCUGUUUGGGGUACUGAAAUAACGUUGAAACUGAACGUGACCGAUUUGCGGCUACAGAGAAUAUGUAGCUUUGUGAAGUGAUCGCCAUGCCGCUCAUUUGGACACCACAAGUUGUUUCUACUUCCAUAGUUUGACAAACUUGUAGGACUGAUAAAGAAGGCACAACUAAUUCUUAUGAGAUUACCUG